CAUGACCAGCGGAUCAUUCAACGCGCCGUGUAAAGUUUACUUCAACACCGACCACGACCAGAACAUGUUAGAGAAGCUAACUUCAUUAUGGUCGGCUUCUCCACCGAUAGAAGCAGAGAAACCGUACGAUCCCAGUGACCCCAAACUCAAUCCUCUGAAUCCUCAAGGUCUCAAGCCGUGCUGCGCCUGUCCUCAGACCAAGUCAGCUCGCGAUGAUUGCUUCUUGAGAUACGGACCAACAGCCGAAGAAGACUGCAAGGAACUCGUUCAAAACCACUUGACGUGCAUGCGGAGUCUAGGUUUCAAGAUUUAGAAGGAGGGUAAUUUUAUCACUUGUGUUUAGACCAACAUUAUUCACGGAUAAUAUAAUCAUUCACCACUCUCAAGAGGCUCA